CGCUAGGUUCUUCGUGUUUGAGUGUAUUUCAAGAUUUAACAGGUGAAACCAGCCUCGGGGUCGAAGGAUUGGCAAAAAGGAUCGAAAACCGGGAGAAGAGGUGAAAAAGCGCAGUUCACGGCUAAGGGAAGGAGUUCACGGUCAUGCAAGACCGUGAAGAAGGGGAGUUCACCGUGAAGAGCAAGGCGUCCAGAGCCAAUCUGAAGGUUACUAACGCAAGGUGAGUUCACGGUCACUAAGACCGUGAACACAAGCCGUUGCCCGUGAACUGACGUGAGCGAUGCGGAGCGUUUUGGCGCACGCCUUGAGUUCACGGACGCGUUUGAUGGUUCACGGCCAUGAACUCAGCUCUUCUCGGGUUUAAAAGCUGAACUGCAAGGAGGAGAGAGGGAGAGCCCACUUUUGUGAGAGAAACACCUUCUUAAGCAUUAUAGUGAGAGAAACAGAACCAAAGAGAAGAAGAGGUUAGGGUUUGGCUUCAAGGCAGAUUUUGGGAAGAUUUCCCCAAGGAGAUCUCAGCUCAAGGGUCAAGAAGAGAGGAGGCAUCCCCAAAAGAUGGUUUCCACUUUUUUCCCCUUUUGUUCUUCCCUUUUCUACCAUUGAGUAGUCCUCCUUUCACUUGGGUGUAGUGAAACACUAACUCUACCAUUUAGUUUUCUUGUAUGUGGUUUGGAUGAUUGAUAUUGGGUAUUGUUCAAUUCAAUGUUUGAGGAAUUAUUCACCAUGAUUGUGCAUGCUUGUGCUUAGCAACUUAGGGGUUGUGCAUGCGUUGUGCUUAGCAUCCUAGUGAUUGUGCAUAAUUGUGCUUAGCACCCCUAAGUUUGUGCAUUAAGGUGCUAGUAAUCUAAUUUGCCACCUUAGACUAGUUUAGAGAAGAAAAUCCCCCUUUCAAGGGAGAUUUAUCGAUUCUAGCGAUUUCCUGAUCCGUAGCAGCACGUUUAUAACAGGAAGAAUCUAUCCAGUCCACCACUGGGAGCAACCUAGCCUUCUUUCUUCCUUGGUUCGUUCUUCUCUCUCUAAAAUCUUAAGAAAAAGACACUUUCUCACUCUUGGGCUCCCCUUCUCUCUUCCUUUCAACUCACAUUAUACACCAGGAUCGGGCUCAGUUCACGGCCGUGAACUCUUCAACGCGUCCAUGAACACAGAGCGCGAUGUCAAAAUGCACCGCUUCGCCAUCAGGAGUUUACGGUUUGGCCUCAAUCUCCACGGUCUUGUUGACCGUGAACACGUCUCACGGUAGUAACUGCAGAUUUCUCUCUAGACGCAUCGCGCUCACGGUUUUGGGCUUCAAUUCACGGCCAUAGUGGACCGUGAACUCCAAUGCUAACCCGUGAACUCCGCCUGGAUCACCCUCUUUGCCCUGUCUUUGCUUCUUUUAGUCCAACUUUCGACUUCGGGGCUGGUUUCACCUAUUGGAUCCUGAAACACACUAAAACGCACAAAACCUAGUGUAAAACCACCCUUUUAGGAGUGGUACAAAUGCCUAAGGGAAACGGGGAUAAAAUGUGUGCAAUUAGGCCCGAAUCAUUAGUCUCGACAUUUAUUUCGAUGAUGCAUGAUCACAAACGACAUCGUUUAGUACCAGAGCUAAAACUGCACUGCGAAACUGGAGAGAGCGAAACAAUGCCGCGGUAGUUGAAACGACAUUGUUUAAUAAAAAGCAAUGUCGUGAGGAUUUGCAAUGUCAGUGUUGGGGUUGGAAAAGGAGUUCUUUGUAUUCCUUACCGGAGAAGGAGAAGAUUCGGCCAAUGUCGUAUCUCAACUGCGAGCUUGACAAUGUUGCAAGAGAAGAGAAACGACACCGUUCAAUGACAAGCAAUGUUGCGGAGGGCGACUACAUUCGUAAUCCCAAUAACACCACGACACUGGAAACAGAGUCAUUUAAUAUUAAAACAAUGCUGCAAUACUGGCAAACAAAGUCGUUUAGACAAGCUAAGCGGGUGAGUCUUUGUCACGGAACCAAGAGUGGCAUGGUUUAAUUCAAAAACAACUUAGUGAUGGCCGAGUAUUCAGGAUGACCAGUUUAAUUGAUAUUUUCAAUAAUUAUUUUGGACGGUAUCAUCUAGUUGAAAACAAUACCGCUUGAGGUACCAACAACGAUGCGGUAUUGCUAAGUGAUACCGUUUAGUUAAAAACAAUACCACAGUGGGUAGGAGCUUGGCCAGGGGUGGACGGCCAAGUCCAAGUUUAAAACAACAUCGCGAAUUCAAAGUCGGCCAUGAUACCAAGAGGCUGCAUAUUUUAGUUAAAAUAGUGUCGCUAGAUAAAAAAAACAAGACACGACAGUGUUUAGUGAAAACAAUGUCACGAGAAAUUGCAGCCUUAACGAGGUCGCGGUGGUAGAAAACGAUGUUGUUUUGUGAAGAACAACAUUGUGAGACAAGCCUAACAUGACUGAUGGCGUCACGAAGAUCCAACGACACUGCGAUACUAGAAACGAUGUUGUUUGGUAGAAAACAACAUCGCGAGUCAGGGGCCAUAUGUGCGCCCAGUAAGACCGUACCAGGGUUUUACAAGUUCCCCGGAGUUGCUAGCAAGUUCAACAACACCGCGAGGCUAGAAAGCGACAUUGUUUAGCUUAAGACAACGUCACGGUAGCGAGAGUUCAGCAGUGGCAUGUGUUUGGCGAUGUCGCGAGCUCGACGAGCUUGAGAUUCUGUGAAAAGACGUUGUUUGGUCCAAACAAUGUCGUGAUUUCUACAUCAUCAACUCAUUCGCGUGGUACGUCAACUUGCCAUCGAACUCGGUUCAAACAUGGCAGCAAAUGGAACAAAUGUUCCAUGCUCAGUUCUACUAUUUUGAGCCAAAAGUAACAAUGGCAUACUUGGCACGAAUGCGCCAACCAGAAGGAGAAACGGUGGAACGUUUCUUAACUAAUUUUAAGAACGCAAGAAAUCACUGUUUUGUGAACUUGACAGAACGCGAAUUUGUUAAACUUUCUCAAGGUGGUUUAAAUUUUUAGCUACGUAAAAAAUUUCUAGAUAGAGAAUUUUCAGAUAUGUUCCAAUUGAUGUCUAGUGUUGUUAGGUACGAGUCCCUUCUCCAUGAAGAACAGAGGAGAAGUGGCUCUCGUGGACAAUAUUUUUCUAAUUUUGAAAUUAAUGGUGUGAAUCACGUUGAAGGCAGUGAUGACGAGGUUGAGGUUGCGUUGGCCGAGAUUGUGCAAGGGAAGGAAUAUGUGUGUGCUUCUCUAGCCAAGCCCGAUGGGGGUGUUCAAAUGGUUACCAUGGUUAUACCAAACCAAAUAAGGCUAAAUUUCAUUAACCAGGAAAUACAAUAUCAUAACCAAACCGUCCAAACUAAUACAACAACCAAAUUAACCAAACUAAAGUUUAAUUGGUUUGGUUAAUUGGUUAACCAGAUUAACCAAUAUAAAAUCAUAUUAUCUUUAAGUGAGAAAAUUUUCGGUUAAAAUAUCAAUUCACAAUUUAUAUAAUGCAAAAAACAUUCUCAUAAAAAAAAUAUAAUGAAUAAAACAUAACAAU